GGUGAAGUUGAAGUUUCGCGGCAUGCAGCUCAAGAACAGCUCUUAUCUUUUGAAUUAGUUUACACGACUUUAUUUAAACCGUGGCAAAACAUACUCUAACCAUAAUUUAAUGUUGUGUCGUGCUUUCGAAUCAGGUGUUUCUUUAGUUACCUAAUCAAGAACUGUUUCACCAUGCCAAUCGCUACCAGUGAGCGCAUGCAUUCCACUGCUAAAAUAGAGGAGCCGCUUCACAGUAUUGAGCUCCCUUAUCAGAUCAGAAGGGUGGAAUGUUCCCCUUACGAGUGGUCUCACAAUGUAAUUUGUAUCGCAUUUGAUGGUAAAGUUGCCAUCGGUGUCACAAAAUUUCAGGAAGAAGAAGAAACGUUAGAUGUAAAAUUUGACCUGGAACUCCUUCAAGAUUUCAUCGUGGAAAGUCGAGUAGAAUGUAUGGCGCUCAGUCCUGAGAUUUCUGUCAGCACCCUCCCUAAGUCUAUCAUCUUUGCAUGUGCAACCGCUGACUUCAAGAUUAGACUUUUCUCUAGCAACUUGGUUGAUCCUCACUCAGAGCAGGUUUACGAAGAACACACCAGCUAUAUCAAUUCAAUAGCAUAUGAAUCAUGUGGUGACAAUUUAGCCUCUACUGGAGAUGAUCUCUCCGUUCGAAUUUGGUCCACAAAUGAGCAUCAGUGUCACACAGUCCUCUUCCUUCAGUCACCCGGUAUGUCCGUUUGCUGGCAUGCAGAAGAACCAGGAAAACUCUUAGUCGCUGAAAAGAGAGGCACUAUCACGGUCUUCAAUGUUGAACGGAAGCAAGCAAUUUUAUCCUUCGAUGCCGAUUGCGGUCCUUUAACUGCGGCAGACUGGUCAACUUGUAAUAGUCUUCGUGUUGCAGCCUUAGUGGAUGGUCAUCUUUUAGUUUGGGACACAACAAGAGCUAGCCAACCUUUGAUGAAACGAGCAGUGCAUCCUGGUGGCGGACGGUUUUUACGAUAUUCACAGUUGAACGAAAAUAUUAUCGCUACUGUUGGUCAGCCAAAUCAUACCCUGAGCAUUACACAUGCUAACUUAAAGUUCCCAAUAUCAUCAACACUUUUGAAACUAGCAAGCAACAUCACGUGGCAUCGAAGACUAUUCUAUGUAUGUGUUGGAGUAGACAAUAUUCUUGGAUUUUGGAAAGUGACGAGCAAGUGAAGGGCUCUUUUUCAGUUUGCUUUCAGUUUUGUCUCCAUCAGCUGAAUCAUUAAUUCCCUUUUGUGUUUUUUCCCCUGCAACCUGAAUGGGAAUGGAAUCCUUGGGAAGGAAUCAAGUCACUUCUACUAGAAAAAUUAAUUAUGACCAAUAUUAAGCUCAACAAAACAUUGCAUUCUUCAACAAAUAAUGAACUAUUAUUGAACUAUAUUGAUGGUGAAACUGCAAAAGGCAUGUCUGGGUUUGCGACGUCGCAGUCUUCCUGCUACACUUUAUUUUCUGCAUGAAAAACUUCCUUACAUUAUCUCUUGAUAACCUUGGGGAUUUUCUUCUCUGUGUGAAGAAUACUUCGUGAAAAUUUCAAGUCAAGAUGUCGGUUUAGCCUCCUUUUAAAGAUUAUGAUAGGAGCAAAGACUGUGAAACACUGCAACAAAUUUUUGCAGCUUCACCAUUGAUACACUCUAUUUUAUAAACUAUUUAAAACUCUAUGCAGCAUUUCAAAUAUGAUCUCAUAGUUCAUUUUUUACAUCGAGUGUUAUUAAAGAAGAAAUCAUUUGACCUGCUUAUCUCUUGUAUAAGUAACUAAAUGUGACUUGGCUCCACUAUCAAAUCCAGUUUAACUGUAUGUACAUACUUACCUUGUAAGCUGUUUUUACCUUUUUCAACCAAUAAAAAAUCAUUUUUAAAAAUUUA